UUGGACCCAUCAUUGCCCUUGAAAUCAUUGCCUGCAUAUUUCGAGUACAAAACCGUGCUUCCUGGAGAAAUCGACAAUGACUUCCUCUCGCCCGACUUAUCAAGUGGACCAGACCUUGAUGAGAACCCUAUCAUUCAAAGGCUUCAUAUCUUUCACAUCAUCCGUAUCAAGAAUGCCGAUAAUAUCAUCCUCCUUCAAUAUGAGAUGGUUGGCUCCAUUGAAUUCGACUUCAGUCCCUGCAUACUUGGAAUACACCACUUGGAUACCACCAGACGUCAUCUCCUCAGCUGUCUUGAUUUUAACCAGAACACGGUCACCCAAUGGCUUGAGAGACGAGCAAUUGUUGUGGCAGCCUUCACGACAAGUCCACGAAAUGAACUGAGAGAAAGCCCAUUUUGCUUCAUGGGCGAUAACAGCGACACAUUUCCAGCUCUCGAAGCCUUCAAACCAUCAAACGAACAAAACCCUUUCGUGGAAAUCGAGGAAGCAACCGAAGUCAACUGUGCAGCAGCCAUUUCUUGCUACCAAACUGAAAAGGUGUCACAUUUCUAA